UGAAAUUGAGUACAAAUUCUGUGAUUUCUUAUACAUUUGAGUACCGAUUGUUUGAAUGAAUCAAACAUAGGAAUGUUAAGUGGGAAUUGAAUCUAAAAUUCCAAUACCAUUGUAUAAAGUAUGCAUAAAAGUAGGAAAAAAGUAUGUUGAUUGUAAUCUUUUGGAAUGAAUCAAACAUAGGAAUGUUAAGUGGGAAUGGAAUCUCAAAUUCCAGCAAUGAGGUCUCAAAUUCCAGCAAUGGAAUCUCAAAUUCCAGCAAUGUUAAGUGGCUUUACAAUAUUGCAAAUAUAUGAUUAUAUUAUAAAUUAUAAAUUUCUUGCAUGCCCUCGGUUUCUAGAUCAGUUAUUUUUUUUGAUUUUUUUUGAUUUCUUAUUUUUUUGACUAACGAUUGUAUGAAAUUGAGUACAUAGGAAUCAAACAUAGGAAUCAAACAUAGGAAUUUUAUUUUAUUUUUUAUUUUUUUUGAUUUCUUAUUGAUUUGACUAACGAUUGUAUGAAAUUGAGUACAAAUUCUGUGAUUUCUUAUGCAUUUGAGUACCGAUUCUUUGCAUUUGAGGACCAAUUUUGUGAUUUCUUGCAUGUCCUCGGUUUCAAAAUCAUAAUCUUUGCUUAAUUGUUUUUUUUUUUGUUCAUUCAUGAUGUAUUGUUGUUGAAUAUCUUAAACUUAUUUGUUGAUUAUGUUGGAAUAUGAUUAAUCUUUGUAGCUAAAGUAUGUAUUCUAUAUUUUUUUUUUGUUAUUAGCAAUGGGAGAUAAACAUACAUGGACCAAUGAGCAAACAAAAUGCUUAUUGCAAACUUGUAUUGAAGAAGUGCAAACCGUGGGUAGAAAAGGUUUGAGUUUGCACAAACAAUCAUGGCACAAGUUAGGAACAACUAUUAAGGAAAAGUAUGGCGUGGAUUUGAAUCAACGACAAUUAAAAAACGUCUAUGAUAACCUUAAAGCCAAAUACACAGGAUGGUUAUACUUAAGAAACAAAACUGGAAACCUUUACAACCCACAAACAAAUACUUUUAACUUAACAAAUGAGGAGUGGGAGGACUUUAAAAAGGGACAUCCGAAAGCUGCUUCUUUGAAAACCGUCCCAUUAUUGUUUCCAGAGCUUUGUGCAGAACUCUUUGAUGGAAGCAGUGCAUCUGGUAAUCUCAGCUAUGCCACAUCCCAAACACCAUCGGGAUCAUCUUCUUUCCAUGGCGCACCAUUACAGCUUUUGGACGCGCCUUCCAUUAACAUAGAUGAAGAUGAUUUUUUUUCCAAUCAUACAAGUGAACAUUUUACUCAGACUCCACCUUCUGCUGCUUCACCUUCUGCUGAUUCACCUUAUGUUGCUUCACCUUCUGGUAACCCCAACAAAAGGGCUAAACCUUCAACUCCUAGACCUCGAGCUCCCAGUGCCUCACCUGAUCCACCUUCUUGUGCCUCGCCUAAAGCUUCUAUUACUGCUGAUGAUUUAGCACUGGAGAUGCAAAAAGCUCUACGCCAUUUGACUCAAGGGCCAACAAUUCCCCAGUGUUUAGAGAAGCUUGAGUUGCUCGAGUUAGACCCAAUAGACCCUAUACGAUUUGCUGCGUAUCACAUUUUUGGAGGGACCAUGAAUAUUAGAGAGAUGUGGGUAAAUUUGCCUAAUGAUCCACAAAUAUUAAGAGGAUGGAUCGAGAUGACAGCUACAAGUUUAGGAGUUUUAAAGGAUGGAAAGAUUGUUCGUUAAGUUUAUAUGUUAUUUGGUUAUUUGCUACUUGGGAUUUAUGAUAUGUUUUGGUACUUGAAUGUUAUUUUGUUAUUUGGUACUUGAAUGUUAUUUGGUUAUUUGCUACUUGGGAUUUAUGAUAUGUUUUUUGGUACUUGAAAUUUAUGUUAUAUUUUUU